AGGCCGAAAUAGGUAAUGUAAUAUGCAUAUAAAAAUUUGAAUGAAUUUUCUGGUGAGACACACCCAGCCGUUGUCAACGAUGUCGAGUUUCAUUGUCGUGUUGGAUGAUUACGUUGUUCUACUCCAUGUUUGAAGUUUGCUUAGUGUGGCAAAAUUAUUUUGUAAAAUGACGAUGAAACUGCUUAUCGUUUUUGGUGUAGCAUGGUUGAGCCAUUUAGUCACGCCAGUGCAGAUGAAGCGUCAAGCAGUUUUUUCUGUAAAAGAUGAAGAGCGGCUAUCUCGAUGGCAAGAACCAGUCUUGUCAUUUAUUAAGAAAUUGUAUCGUGGUAGGGGUAGGAGUAUGGCAAGUACCUCAUCACGAAACACUAUAGACGCCCUCUGCCACUUUAAUUUAUGGACAAGAAAGAAUCCCUAUGUACAAGAAACACUUUUAACUGACGAUGUUGCUCUGCUAUCCCAAUCAAAUUUCAAUGCUUCUAAUCCAACUAGAAUGUUUAUUCAUGGUUGGAACAUGAAUGGACACAGCCACACUCUUUUGAUUAAUCUAAAAAAUGAAUUCCUUGCUAAUGAAGAUUGCAAUUUUAUUGCUGUGGAUUGGGAAACGUUGGCAAACACUGGAAGUUAUUUCUCGUCGGCAUCCAGUACCCAACCGAUCGGGGUCGCCACUGGCGAUUUCAUAAAUUUUCUGAUUACACAAGGACUAAACGUGAAUCAAUUACAUAUUAUUGGUUUCAGUUUGGGAGCUCACAUUGCAGGCAAAGCUGGGAAUCAUGCAAGUGAACAUAUUCGUCAAAUCACAGGUUUGGAUCCUGCUUAUCCAGGAUUUUCAAUUUCCAAUACGGAUGCAAGGCUAGACGUGACAGACGCUCUAUUCGUUGACAUUAUCCACUCAAACAGUGCGAAUUUAUUUGAGGGUGGGCUCAGCUUUCCGACGUCUAUUGGACAUGUAGAUUUCUGGCCAAAUGGGGGCAUCGUUCAACCAGGUUGCUCGGAAUCAGCAGUAUGUAGCCAUUCCAGAGCUUUGCUUUAUUUUAUCGAAUCGAUAAAUGGUAAAACACCAUUCACAUCAACAAAAUGUUGGUCACAUGCAGACUGGAAAACAGGACUCUGUAAUAACAACACCCAGACAGAGAUGGGUUUGCCAGUAUCUACACUAGCAAAUGGAAAUUAUUAUUUGGACACCAACGGUGAAGCCCCUUUUGCACUUGGUUAAAGCAAAUAACAUUACUUCAUCAGUGUAUUUUAUUUGCUGGCAAUAAUGGCAAUAAUCAUCAUUUUCAUUCGAACGCAUAUUGUUUGUAGCUAUAAUUCUACGUUGCAUGUACAAAAAGAGGGUUGUGGAAAACCGCGUGCCCUUUGGGCCUGCCAUGGGCAGUACGACAAGUUGGAGACUGCAGCGCCUGAAACGUGUCCAGUUGUUUCGUGGAUGUCAUACGUGUCGUUGUGCUAUUAGUGGGGCAGUGUCUACGUGUAAUUUUACCUGGCCUGUCCUUGAAAAAGGCGUGGUGUUAAGGCAUAUCCAAGAUAAUCUUUGGUAUAGUAGCAUAUUCCAAGCAGUACGUGAUAAGAUAAGUAUGAUUGCUUAAUGUUUGAGUAUUAGUAUGUUUGGGUAGAGCAGUUAUUGUUCUUUGGUGCUACGAAGAUCAAUACAGAAUGACGUGAUGACGUAGCAUGUAGAGGAACCAUAGAAAUGGUGAAAUGGGCACUGAUGGAAAGUGUGGGAGAAUGGAGGAAAGCGCACAGAGCCUCCGGUUAACAGUACAUAUCAAUCCAUGGACUACUGAAUUAACAAAAUGCAAAGUGAGUUUAUAUAUCUACAAUACUCAAGCUAUGACUGAAACUUUCGUUUCUCCUAUUUCAGAACGCGAAAGGAUAUAGGAUUGCUUGGCUAUAAUCAUUGCCAACAUGUUCUCCUGUACCGAGCCGCAUUUGUUUGAGAGCUAUUCCAAUCGUGUCACACAAACAUGGAAAAAAUUGAAAAUGGAAUGUUUUAAUAAAAAAAAAGGACUCGUCACCGUAGUAAAGAAAACAGAACACAAAAUUAAAUUGCAACUGCAAGCUGAGUAUACACGCAUGCAAAUAAGUGAACGCAAACCGAAAUGGAUAGGACAACAACGGAAAACACAACAAACCAACGACUUCGAUUUUUUUCUCUCGACGUCAAUGAAACAUUUGACUAGCACGCUGUGCGCAAACAACCUAGUAUUGAAUUAUGUUACGAAACCACAAUAAUUUAAAGCUACGCAUUUUUCCGCUAGUUCUUUAUCUUUCUUGCAAUCAUUCUGUCAAAUCAAUGUCAGACAUUCUCAUUCCAUUCGGUCCUAGAGUUUCAUCGGCUUCCUCAGCUGCUUCGGCCGGCUGGUGCUGGAAUGUGCUCCACCAGCUGGAAAGUGCUCCUUUCGCUUGAGAUAUAGCUCCUCCUACGUUUGCAAUUAACAACUUCUGACUUUAAGCACUAUGUAAACAAACUUCUUAUCGAAUGAAAUAUCUUACCAACAGCUUUGCUGGUCUGGGCUACUGCCCGACUGGUACUGGCAGCAGCAUUGGAAAUCUUACGACCCUUUUCCGUAUUUUGCAUCGUUCUGCCAAAAACGAAA